GCUCGGCGCUCCAUCAAGGUUGAUGGUGGAUGCGGACAGAAACGAAAAAAAUAAAAAUAUCUAAUCCAACCUUGGCUUCUCGCGCCGCGCGUUCACUUCCAAACCUACUCUUCUCACUUUAUUCUUCAUCUAGAUAUCUUCCCACAGGACCUGGUAGGCUGUGCCAACCAUCGAAUCCAGCUCGAACUUCACAUCCCAAACCCACGGGCUUGCUGAUUGACGGAUCUGAUCUCACUACGCGCGGUGACGCAACGCUGGCCGUUUGGCCUCCUAAUCUGGGUAGGGAGUCCCCGAUCCUGCGUGCCACGGCCCGCCCAGGCGGCCGAGACAAGGAGAGCCUGCACGCCCAACCCAUUGGAAAGUCCAAGUCCGUCCCCGUCCGUCCGAGUGGUUGUGCUGGACUUCUGUGCUGCCCCUCAGAGCCCCAAACUCUCUCUUGGGACACACCUCACAUCGCUCGUCGCCCACCAAAGCCCACCAAGACCAAGCCCUCCAGGCCUUGUGCCUCUCCAACGCCGCCUGCGCUCUCGACUCGCUCCACCAGACCUGGCCAUCGCCCACGGCUGUGCCACCGCCCUUUCGCCGCAUCCGCCGCCCGUCGCCCGAGACUCCUCGACCAUCCAAUUGUGGUCCCAACAACGCCGGCAAAAUGCAGUCCAUGCAAAGAUCGUUCGGCAGGCUGCUGAACAAGGCACCGGGAGACAAUGCCAAGGUCUCGGUUAUGCUGAGCGACUUUGAAGAUGCCGACAAGAUUUUGCUCAAGAUAAUUGACAGCGCAAAGUCUUGGCGAGACUCAUGGAUAGCCCUCGCAUCGACGCAGCUGGGCGUCGCAACCGAAUACGAAGGCCUCUAUGACCCCAUCGUCGGCGCCACCGACGGCCACGGCAAGGACAUGUCGCCGACGCCGGCACACCAGCUGCAGCGCACGCUAAGGCUGUGUGAGGUCUACCGCGAGCUCAAGGAUGAGAUCGUCGAGGAGGCGGCUCAGAUCGAGGCUCGCGUCAUCCGCCCUGCCACCGACGCUCGCGACUGCAUCCAGCCCAUUCGCAAGACGAUCAAGAAACGCGAGAACAAGCGUCUCGACUACGAGAAGCAGCAGGACAAGGUCAACAAGCUCGCCCGCAAACCCAGCAGGACCCCCAAAGAGGACACCCAGCUGGCCAGAGCCCAGGAGGACAUGGCGACUUUGGCAGAGGAGUUUCACGUUGCCGACAGCCACCUCCGCGAUACGCUCCCACACAUCGUCAACGCAGUCUUUAGCAUGAUCCCGCCGCUGCUUGGCUGCCACAUCCUCGUGCAGAACAAGCUUCUGGGGCUUUACUACACCUUUCUCAAUGGAUACUGCGAGGAGCAGGGCUUCCCCUCGCCCCCGCCACCCAUGGAGCAGGUGAUUGCCGACUGGACGGCCGGCUUCGACCCCAUAAAGCACGAGAUCGAAUCGAUAGGGUGCGUCUCGCGCGGCAAAGCCAUCUCCAUGUCGAUGCGUAUGCCCGAAGACCAGUCCGGCACGAUCCCGCAGGCCCGCAGGCUGGCUGCGCCACCGCCGACCAACGAAGGCAUACGCCGCACCUCUACCGGCCUCAUCCCCAAGACCUCGAGCAGCAACCUCAACGGCGGCGGAGGCGGCCGCCUCAUGCGCAUCCCGUCGGCGCCCGCACCGCCCCCCGAGCCGGCCGCCGCCGCGCCGCGCCCCGGGUUCGCGGGCGGCGCACACAUGCGGCCCACCGACUUUACGCAGGCUACCAGCCUAGGCCAGGAGCCGGCUUCGGCCCCUGCGGUUGUGCGGCCCCGGAUCGCCGCCGCCCCGUCGGACUACUUUGGCCACGGCACCGGCGGGGGCGGCUCGGGGACGACGACCCCUGGCUCGACGGCGCGCGGCCCUAUCGGUGCCGUCAUCGCGGCCAAGAAGAAGCCGCCGCCGCCGCCGCCGCCGCCAAAGCGCAUCCCGGCGGCCAACAAGCCGCCCGAGGAAUUCGUGGUGGCGCUCUACGCGUUCGCGGGCCAGGGGAAGGGGGAUCUGUCGUUCAACGUCGGGGACCGCAUCAAAAUCAUCAAGAAGACGAACACGGCCGACGACUGGUGGGAGGGCGAGAUCGGAGGCACCAGGGGCAGCUUCCCCGCAAAUUACUGCCAGGCCGCCUAAUGGUCAUAUAUGGAGCGAAUACAGGGUUUUGAGCUUGGUAAAAUGUCUAUAGAAGGGGAGGAGGCAUCGGGCCAGGUCAGGGAGGUAAGAACAGGCCUCGGAUGACCAUGACGGGGGUGAAGGGCCGUCCUCGUAUACACAACAAGGGCCAAGGUGGCAAAUGUGUUUGUGUGUGUGUUUAUUUUUAUUUUUGGCGAGGCGGCAUCCUUUCCUUGUUAUUACUCGACAUCAUGUGUUUACUAUCAAGGCUUUUGUAUCCACCUUUGAUUUGACGUGUGGCUCGACAGCAAGCACAUCACGACUCGGGACGCACCGUAAACGGCACUCGAGGGACGUAGGAGACCGACCUUGGGAAUCACGAUAUCGAGAAGGGAUGUGCCCGCCUACCCCCAAUGCAGAUGCGUAACGAGAUACCCCCCUUGCAUGGGACACAAGAAUCGGAUACGAAGAAUCCUUUGGUGGCCAAGAC